CUGGCACCGCGACAGUGCCAGUAUUGCGCCGGCGCCGGGCACCAUCGCACAGCCAGGACCGAGCUCUCUUCGUACCUCGUUUCAGCGUCCAACUUUCGCUCCACAAUGCGCGAGUGCAUCAGCGUCCACGUCGGGCAGGCGGGCGUGCAGAUCGGCAACGCCUGCUGGGAGCUGUACUGCCUCGAGCAUGGCAUCCAGCCUGACGGGUCCAUGCCCUCGGACAAGAUGGCUGGCCAUCACGACGACUCCUUCAGCACCUUCUUCUGCGAGUCUGGCGCCGGAAACCACGUGCCCAGGGCGGUGUUCGUCGAUCUGGAGCCGACUGUUAUCGACGAGGUCCGGACCGGCAUGUACCGCCAGCUGUUUCAUCCCGAACAGCUGAUCACAGGCAAGGAAGACGCGGCCAAUAAUUAUGCUCGAGGACACUACACCAUCGGUAAAGAGCUUAUCGAUGUCACCAUGGAACGCGUGAGGAAGCUCGCCGACCAGUGCUCCGGCUUGCAGGGCUUCCUCAUUUUCCACUCGUUCGGCGGCGGCACUGGCUCUGGCUUCACCUCCCUCAUGAUGGAGAGGCUGUCCCUCGACUACGGCAAAAAGAGCAAGUUGGAGUUCGCGAUUUACCCCGCGCCACAGGUGGCCACGGCGGUCGUCGAGCCCUACAACUCCAUCCUGACGACCCACACGACCCUCGAGCACUCCGACUGCGCCUUCAUGGUCGACAACGAGGCCAUCUACGACAUCUGCAGGAGGAAUCUGGACAUCGAGCGCCCCACCUACACGAACCUCAACCGCCUCAUCGGACAAAUCGUCUCGUCCAUCACGGCGUCGCUGAGAUUCGACGGCGCCCUGAACGUGGACCUGACGGAAUUCCAGACCAACCUGGUGCCUUACCCGAGGAUCCACUUCCCUCUGGUCACCUACGCCCCUGUCGUCUCCGCGGCCAAGGCCAACCACGAGCAGCUCUCGGUCGCCGAAAUCACGAGCGCCUGCUUCGAGCCGGCCAACCAGAUGGUGAAGUGCGACCCCCGCCACGGCAAGUACAUGGCCUGCUGCCUGCUGUACCGCGGCGACGUAGUGCCUAAGGACGUGAACUGUGCCAUCGCCACCAUUAAGACCAAGCGCACUAUCCAGUUCGUCGACUGGUGCCCCACCGGGUUUAAGGUUGGUAUCAACUACCAGCCUCCUACCGUGGUGCCUGGAGGCGACCUGGCGAAGGUGUCCCGUGCAGUGUGCAUGCUGUCCAACACCACCGCCAUCGGGGAGGCCUGGGCGCGUCUCGACCACAAGUUCGACCUCAUGUACGCCAAGAGGGCCUUCGUGCACUGGUACGUGGGCGAGGGCAUGGAGGAGGGCGAGUUCUCGGAGGCGCGCGAGGACUUGGCCGCCCUCGAGAAGGACUACGAGGAGGUCGGCCUCGA